AUGGCCUCGCCCGCAUUCCGUCGCUCCGCCGGUCUGGUCUCGAGAAGCACCAUGUCAGCUCCACAGCAACGCCUCCAAGCCGUCCAACRGCAUUUCAGCUCCUCGACACGGCGGCCAAAGGAAAUUCAAGACGCGUACAUUGUUUCCGCUGUAAGGACGCCUUGUGCGCUGUUCAAUGGCUCCUUCAGCAGUGUCUCUGCGCCGCAGCUCGGUGCCACUGCCAUCAAGGAAGCCAUCAAGCGCUCUGAUGUUCCGGCGGAGAAAUUCACACACGUCUACAUGGGAAAUGUCAUGCAGGCUUCUGUGGGCCAGGCUCCUGCUCGACAGGCCACCAUCUUCGCUGGACUCUCACCGACGGUGGAAGCUACGACAAUCAACAAGGUUUGUGCGUCGGGAAUGAAGGCGGUGGCCAUUGCUGCUCAGCAGGUGGAGCUGGGCCAGGAAGAGGCGUUGAUUGCUGGUGGCAUGGAGAACAUGAGCCGGGUACCUUACUACACUCCUCGGGGACCACAAUUGCCUGCUUUUGGUAACUUGACCAUGGAGGAUGGACUGAUGAAGGACGGGUUGUGGGAUGUUUACAAUCAGAUCCACAUGGGAAACUGUGCCGAGUCGACGGCAAAGAAGUACGAAAUCACUCGUGAGGAACAGGAUGAAUUUGCCAUUUUGAGCUUCAAGCGUGCGCAAGAAGCGUGGAAGAACAAGCUGUUCGACGAGGAGAUCGUACCAGUCGUCGUCAAGGGAAAGAAGGGAGAUGUCACCGUCUCCGAGGAUGAAGGCUACGGCAGACUGAAGCCAGAGAAGGUGGCAUCUCUGAAGCCUGCUUUUGACCGGAGUGGUAGCGGCACUGUCACAGCAGCCAACAGCUCAUCGAUGAACGACGGUGCUUCAGCCAUGGUGAUUACCAACAAGGAACUUGCGAAGAAGUAUGGAAAGGGCAAGAAGGUUCUCGCACGGAUAGUCGCAUAUGCCGACGCUGCUGUGGACCCCAUCGACUUCCCAGUCGCGCCUGCAAAGGUCGUACCCAUCGUUCUGGAGCGUGCUGGAAUAACCGCCGAUCAAGUCAAGGUGUGGGAGUUUAACGAGGCCUUCGCAGCUGUGAUCAAGGCAAAUGCAAAGAUUCUGAACCUUGGAAUGGACAACGUCAACCCUCGUGGUGGUGCCAUUUCCCUGGGCCACGCUCUUGGAAGCUCGGGAUGCCGCAUUCUGGUCACACUUCUCCACCAGCUUAAGAAGGGAGAGUAUGGCUGUGCGGCCAUUUGCAAUGGUGGUGGUGCGGCAAGUGGCAUGGUGAUUCAAAUGGUCGAUGCAGAGGAUCUGUAG